AUGGAUCACAUACUGCAGCUACUAGCAGAACACCAAAGCAGCGCGAAGCACUACAAUCGAGGCGUUGCGAGGUUCACGAGGAGCGCCGACGCCUCACGGGUCACCUUAGCACUCGCGGCCGUUGCUUUCCUCGCCUUGUUCUUGUCGUCCUUCUCCAUGGCCAGCUCGCAAAACUCGUCCACUCUACCUGCUCGGCUCCUCGCUGCUGGCAGCAGCAUUAUCACUAGCAAGACGGCGCUGUUCGUGCUCUCCAACGUCAUCUUCAUCCUCCUAGCCGCCGACUACCGCUGCCGCUUCGCUGCCACCGCAUCGGAAGGCCAUGCUGCUUCUUCGGGCGAACCUGAUGGAGUCCUGGAGAAACAAGCACGGCAUCAUCAGGUACAGGUGCAGGUGCAGGUGGAGCAAUGUGCCGUGCAGCCGUGUGUCCCAUGUUCAGCAAAUCUUGACCAUGAUGAACAAGAAGGUGAAGAAGACAUGUCAACAAUGUCUGCCAACACGUUACCAGAUGAGGAGGAGCAGCUAUCGAAGCUGGAGCUGGUCAGGCUUGAUGAAGAAGAAGACAGCAGCAUCACCUCUGUUGAUGUCGACGAACCGACCUGCGAAACAGCUCAAGGUCAAGGGCUGGACAGGUUAGAGAUCAGUGAGCUGAACAAGAAGUUCGACGAAUUCAUAAGAAGCAGAAGGAUUAAAUGGGUGAAGGAGGAGGCUUACUUGCUCUUGUACGAGGUCUGA